GUUCUCAACGUUCCUAAUAUUUCCAGAUAAAAAUGAAGGACAAGAAGGGACAAGAAGAAAUAAUCGCAGGGUUCCAGUCGCUGAGGAACGAGCAACGGUCUGUUGCUGCUAAAAUUAACGAGCUCCAGCAAGAUCUGAACGAACACAAGAUCGUUAUUGAAACUCUUGAAGGCGUAGAUGGAGAUAGAAAAUGUUUCAGAAUGGUUGGUGGUGUGCUUGUAGAGAGGACAGUGAAGGAUGUUGUUCCUGCACUUGUAAACAACAGGGAUAAGCUGGGUAAGCUAGUAGAGAGUUUAAACACCCAACUGACGGAUAAGGGAGCUGAGAUUAAUGGGUAUAUGGAGAAACAUCAGAUUCAAAUAAGGGGACAAGGACAAGAAGGGAAAAAGGAGGAGAAGGAUGGAGAUGUCAAAUCUGGAGGAGUUUUGGUCUCUCAACAAUCCAACUAAUCAUUAAUAAUUUACAUAUUUUUUACUUUUCAUGCUUUAACAACUUAACAAUUAAUAAUUGCAGAAA